GGUAAACAAUGUGGCCCUCUUUACCAUAUCUGAUGUUUGUUUUGUUGAUGGUGUGAGCCAGAGUCUGGGUGUGAGCUAGCUAGUAAGCCUGUAAGGAGAUGGUGAAAAGAGGUUCUCGUAUCAGGAACCUCAUCAACAUCAGUGAGGAUGGCGUGAGCCCCAAUCAGAUCCUAUCUUCGGAAGAGUCCUCUGGUACUGAAUAUAUUGAAGAGGAGAAACCAUGGCCGCCAUUGGAUCACCAGCCUCGUUGUAAGACCCUCUGUCGACAGGUGACAAGACGUGACCCCCGGCCACAGUCCCAUCUCUUCAGGAGGGGUCCUGGAGAUGGACACGAGCGGAGGAGUCGUCACUCACGACGAUGGGAGAAUUCUGCUUUUCUGAGUUCUCUGAUGGUGGUGAUGGAGGACGAGAGUGCCACGCCUCUCCCCGAGCACCAUUCCCCCCUCACACAGCUGCACAGCUCAGAGAAGCACAUGCAGGUUUGGACCAGUUUCUCGUCACGAACAGAGGAGGAGCAGCGUCUGAUCUUGGAGGGUGUGAGGGGUGGAGAGUGUGAUCCCGCCUCUCCUCAUGCUGACACAACGACGACCACGGCUCAGGACAGCUUCAGAAAGAUUGAUCGACGUAUUCGCUCAGUGCUGCAACACAACAGACAUCUUCCUAUGGAGCUGUUGUCUUCUUUGGAGGAGGAGCUUCGCUUCUUGUUCACGGUUGACCACGGAUCAGUGGUGUUGUCAACACACUCCCACGCCUACUCACGCCUCCUGCUGCACGGCCUGUGUCAAUACAUGGGGCUCAACUCAACUAGAGACCGGCUGGUGCUCCCAGUCUCAGACCAGUUCCCCCACGACCCCACGUGCCACAGAGGCCCAAGUGCCACAGAGGCCCAAGUGAACUGAUCUAGUGAUUAGCUAAAAUUAGGAUUAGUUGAAGCUGCUAUAUAAGUAUAGAUGUUGUUAUUUAUGUAUAGUUGUUUACAAGCCUCCGUUCCGUUUGUGUGAAACUGUCACUGUAUGUGUUCACUUUUUAUUGUGUUGUUGAUUAU